ACUGAUUCUCUCUCUCUCUCUCUCUCUAAAAUUCUUCUACCACCAUGUCUGCUGAAAGAAAUGGUAUCCUCUCAGAAAGAAAUUGUAUCCUCUCUGAAAGAAAUGGCAUCCUCUCUGAAAGAAAUGGCAUCCUCUCUAAGUAGGCUCGAAGGGAUGCUUACUGCUAUUACCGCUAAAGUUGUUGAACAGCAAGGCAGUAGCGAGGUCGAAAAUAAACCGGCAGAGGUCACCUUGGCUCCCCAAAAUCCACCCGCGGCGAAUAACGUUAACGUAUUACUUAAGAAUGUACGGAAUAAUGAUUGGGAAAAAGUGUUGAAAUUUGUUAAUGCUGAGGAGAAGGCAUGGAAACAAAAAAUAGAGGAUGAGGAGUACGAGAAGAUGGUAAGAAAAGAGCUUGAAGAGAAUGAUCAAUUGGUCGGGACCAAAAAGGAUGAGAAUAAAUCGACCAGAAAUAAAAAUGUUGAGGAGAACGAUAAUGUUGAGGAGGAGAAUGUUCAAGCGAUUUACCAGCGGAUCCAGUCUGACUCAUCUACUCUAUUGCAUCUCGCCGUUAAGCCUAACGUAAUGAGCAAACCGCCUAAAGGGGAGAAACAAAUGACAACAGAGAGAGAGAGAGAGAAGGAGAUUGUCCACAGAAUUGUGGAUCUAAUGACAAAUAAAGUACUUGAGUACCAAACAAGUGAUACUGGUUUCACAGCACUUCAUACUGCUGCUAGGUAUGGAAACACCGAAGCUGCUAAGGUGAUGAUAACGAAGCAUCCCUCCGGUGGAUGCUGCGUGUCAAACUAUCUCGGCUCAUUAGAUUUUUUAUGGUGUUAACUCUAGGACCCAAGACGAAUUAACUUCGAACAAAUCUUAUUGGUAUCAAAUUUCGGCCAAACCAUAAAUAUCGAAUUAAUUCCACAUUAUUUGUGGGUGUGAUUUGAGCGUACUUUAUAACUUCCCCCGACACCAGACACACAUUAAAUCUCCCCCCAUACCAGGUGAUAAUAAUAUGUACGCCCAACUCAAACGUAGUUUAUGUUUAAAUAUAUUGUAUCUUGCAUGUUACGAUAUCCCAUAUCUUGCAUAUAUUAUAUAGUUAUCCUGUAGUUACUGCGUUUUAUUCUGUUACCUUAUUUUUCGUCUGUAAUCCUUUAUAAGUGUAUCGAGUCUGUAUUCCUUCUUUAUCUUGCAAU